AAAUGAUAGAGCUCUCAAGCCCCUUAUCCAACCAUCUUCCACACAUUCAAAUCCCAAUAGACCUCUCUUCAGCUUUCUCGUCAUCUACGGAUGACAUAAUCACAACCUCCAAGCUUGGAGUUCUGAUCACUAUUCAUCAAUGGCUACCACUUCGCUACCACCCAAAUCCAUUCCACCAAUUUUCACAAACCCCACUUCAAUUUCCUCCACUCGAUUCGGUACUCUUCCUUUUCUAAGCAAUCCAACAGAUCGUCAACCACAUUGUCCAGUACGAACAUCAACUGUUCGAGCAAAUGCGAAAAAGAAAAACGAGUGGCUGGACCCAUUCGAUACAGGUGAGGACCCGGACAUGGAGUAUGGAUCGCAGUAUUCUGAGGGUAAGCAAUCGGAGGACCCAAGACCACCCGAGAAUCCAGACAACCCGUAUGGGUUUCUCAAGUUUCCACCAGGGUUCAUGCCAGAAGUUAUGUCGUUAGGGUUGAAAAUAAGGGGUGAUGUUAGGAGAUGUUGCGUUGUGAUUUCUGGUGGGGUUUAUGAAAACCUGUUGUUUUUCCCAACUAUCCAACUGAUUAAGGAUCGAUACCCUGGUGUUCAGGUGGAUGUCCUGAGCUCGGCCAGAGGGAAACAAGCUUUUGAGCUGAACAAGAAUGUGAGAUGGGCGGAUGUUUUUGAUCCAGAAGAUGAUUUCCCUGAGCCUGCAGAAUACCUUGAUUUACUCGGACUACUCAAGAAUAGGUACUAUGAUAUGAUGCUUUCAACGAAACUAGCAGGAGCCGGAUUACUUCUAUCCGAAACAUUCACACCAGAUCACUUGAAUCUCUCCGAGGCUGGAUAUAACAUGUACCAUCAGAUGACUGAUUGGCUAGCGAGGCCAGGGAGGAGUGUACCAAGGCAAAUAAUUCCACCGCUUAAAGUAUCCAUUUCCAGAAAGCUAAAGGACGUUGUGGCUGACAAAUACAACAAAAUUGGUGUUGAGAAAGGGAAAUAUAUUGUUAUACACGGUAUACAAUCCGAUUCAAAAGCCUCUAUGCAAUCAAGGGGGGAUACCGAUAGUUUACUACCCUUAAAUAUAUGGGCCCAGAUAACAAACUCAAUCAGGGGAGUCAAACCGGUCUAUGUCAUCCCUCAUGAGAAAGAAAGAGAGAAUGUGGAGGAAAUUGUAGGAGAUGAUGCCAAUAUAAUAUUCAUCACCACACCCGGACAGUUGGCUGCUUUUAUUAAUGACUCUGCUGGGGUUAUAUCUACAAACACAGCAGCAAUACAACUAGCAAUCGCACGUGAAAAACCCUGUGUGGCAUUGUUUGGGUCUGAAGAGAAAGCAAAAUUGUUUCUUCCAAACAUAAAAGACAGUAAAUGCAUUGUAGCUUCAUCAAAGACAGGGAAGUUGGUAGAUAUUGACACUAAUGCUGUCAAAAGUGCAGCCCAGAUAUUUGAGAUGCCACUCGCUAUUGCCUAGAAUCAACAGCAUACCUUUUCUUUUGUUUAAAUACUUCUGUCAUUUAACUGUAUAUUUGAUAUCAAAAUUUGUUGAUAAAAUCUAGCUUCACAAGAUACAAUUGCAUAUUUGCAUAUAUAGCAUCUGUUUUCUCAUAUGUGUAGUUACUAAAUUUACAUGUUCAUUCUUAGUUUUCAUGAGAGGGGCAGAUGCAAAAGAAUAGCACACA